CAGCACAGCACGCGAUGUUAUUCCACUCAAUUCCAAAGAACAAAUUUGUUGUCAACACGAAGAUGUCUCUGGCCAACGUACGCGGCCUGGUGUUGGCGAAUCGCACUACCUCCCAGCUAAUGAUGGCGCAUCUAAAGGUGCUGAAUCCCCUGGGUCCUCAGUAUCGUCUCCUUGGGACCUCCAUGGCGGAGUCGAUGGCCGUUUCCUUGCCGCCCAAUGUUUCUCCUCCACCUCAUACGGAUCAUCUGCAUCUGAGCUCCGACGAUUACAAGUCGAUCCUAGAGCCAGAGAAUCAACAGAGGUGCAUGGAAAAGAUGCGGAAUUUGCCCGCCUUUCCGCGUCCCAAGACCCUCACUCCGAACAGGCAUGAGAAGAACACCUCUUCGGUUCUCAUUGCCCUGUGCCAAGAGCGGGAAUCGAACCUAGUUUCCUUACUGUAUACGCGACGAUCGCGACACCUGCGCAGUCACAGCUUUCAGAUAUCCUUUCCAGGCGGGAAACGAGACCCGCACGAUGCCAGCAACGUGGAUUGUGCUUUACGGGAAACGGAAGAGGAGAUCGGUCUGCCACGCAACCGAAUUGAAAUUUGGGGCGAGGCCAAAGAGCUGCAUUUGCCCCGUACCUCGUCUAUUGUACCGGUAGUGGGUGUGGUGCCCGAUUUUCAUGUAUCCGAGCUGCGUCUCAAUAUGGAGGAAGUGGAGGAGGCCUUCGUUGUUCCACUAAACUCACUGAUCAUGCCAAAGGCCACACGGCACACGCAAUUCCGAAGCGGUUACAGCGGACCUGUGUUCGCAGUGGAUCACUAUCGUAUUUGGGGCAUCACCGGCUACCUGACACAUCUCUUUCUGCACAGCCUCCUGCCCCCGAGUCUGUUGCCCGACUGCCUUAAGACAAACAUCAAGUUUAUCCGGCCCUUUAAGAUUCCUCCAAAGCCGGCGCAUCAUCACAAACAAAAUGCGCCCGAUCCCUCGAUGCGAGACUGAGUUUAUCUAACCAGGAGCUAUCGGAAUACACAACUGUCUGUGUGCCAUUAAACUCAGCUCACCAGCGACUCCAACUCAGGUCAAAUGCUCAAUGUAAUUGGGCCAGAUUCGCUCGCUACGAUGUUGUUUUGGUCCAACCAAGCAAUAUCCAAAAUCGUUUGUGUUCUUUGUGUAUAAAUUAAUUUUUUAGCCAAAUAUGUAAUACUGACAUGAAUUUUUUUUGGUAAUGAUGCAAUAAAUAGAAUUUAUAAAGAUGA